ACGCGCGUACUGGCGUUGUUAGCUCACAGCGCGCGGUUGGUUGGAGAGCUGACUGCUGCGUCGCGUCUCCAUUAUCUGCAUCCUUCGCGAUCCCUAGAUUUUGCAUUGCAUCGAUCGGUCGGUCGAGCACUCGAGCUUCUGAUGAUCCUAUAUGUACACGUCUACGCGCAUAGGCGGGGAGGGGGUACGAGCGCACGAGUAGCCGCAGCCGUAAAACUCCUCCGAUCCGACCUCCAUAGCCAGCAGCCAGCAACGGAGGAGGCUCGACAAGCAUGGGGGCUCCACUGGCUUCCUGGCCAUGGGAGAACCUGGGCACCUACAAGUACCUGCUGUGCGGGCCGCUGUUCGCCAAGGCCGUGGGCGGCAGGGCGUGGGAGCGCGCGAGCCCGGACCACUGGUGCUUCCUCCUCCUCCUCCUCUUCUUCCUCCGGACGGCGACCUACCGCCUCUGGGGCCUCUUCACCAACAUGCUCUUCCUCAACCGCCGCCGCGUCAUCGUCCGGGACGGCGUCGACUUCCAGCAGAUCGACAAGGAGUGGCACUGGGACAACUUCCUGAUCCUGCAGCUCUGGCUGGCGGCCGCGGCCCUGUACGCCUUCCCUUCCCUGACGCACCUCCCUCCCUGGGACGCGCGGGGCGCGGCCGUGGCGCUCCUGCUCCACGUCGCGGCCACGGAGCCCCUCUUCUACCUGCUGCACAGGGCCCUGCACACAGGCCGGCUCUUCUCGGACUACCACUCCUUUCACCACUCCAGCAAAAUCCUCCAGCCUUACUCGGCUGGGUUCGCGACGCCGCUUGAGAUCAUGGCGAUCAGCGGGCUCAUGGCGGUGCCCGUCGCGGCCGCCUGCGCGGCGGGGCUCGGCUCCGCCUGGCUGAUCUUCGGCUACACGCUGGCGUUCGACUUCCUCAGGGCCAUGGGGCACUGCAACGUCGAGGUGUUCCCCGGGUGGCUUUUCCAGACCGUCCCGGCGGCCAGAUACCUCAUCGCCACCCCGACAUACCACACUAUCCACCACACCAACAGGGACAGCAACUUCUGUCUGUUUAUGCCAUUAUUUGAUCUGCUCGGAGGCACACUGAAUGACAAGUCCUGGGAGCUGCAGAAAAGAAACAGCGCAGGGACCGACGAGAUCCCCGGCUUCGUGUUCCUGAUCCACAUCGUCGAUGUGACGGCGGCCCUGCACAACAAUAUGAUGAGCAGGAGCUACGCCUCGCUGCCGUACGGCCGCCCCACGCCGGUGACCCUGCUGCACUGGCCCAUCGCGUUCGUGAUCAUGCUCGCCAUGUGGGUGUGGUCCAAGACCUUCGUCGCCUACUUCUACAGGCUCCGGGGGCGGCUGUUCCAGACCUGGGUCGUCCCCAGGUACGGCUUCCAGUACUUCUUGCCGUUCGCGAAAGAUGGCAUCAACAAGCAGAUCGAGGCGGCCAUCCUGAGGGCCGACAAGAUGGGCGUCAAGGUGGUCACCCUCGCGGCGCUGAACAAGAACGAGGCGCUGAACGGCGGGGGCACGCUGUUCGUGGCGAAGCACCCGGGCCUGCGGGUGCGCGUCGUCCACGGCAACACGCUCACGGCGGCGGUGAUCCUGCGGGAGAUCCCCGAGGGCACGGCGGAGGUGUUCCUCACCGGCGCCACGUCCAAGCUCGGACGCGCCAUCGCGCUCUACCUCUGCAGGAAGAGGGUCCGCGUCAUGAUGCUGACGGCGUCGGAGGAGAGGUUCCAGAAGAUCCAGGAGGAGGCGCCGCCGGAGGCCCAGCAGUACCUGGUCCGGGUCACCAAGUGCCAGUCGGCCCAGCACUGCAAGACGUGGAUCGCGGGGAAGUGGCUGUCGCCGCGGGAGCAGCUGUGGGCGCCGGCGGGCACGCACUUCCACCAGUUCGUGGUGCCGCCCAUCCUCCGCUUCCGCCGGGAUUGCACCUACGGCGAGCUCGCCGCCAUGCGCCUGCCCGACGACGUCCAGGGCCUCGGCGUCUGCGAGUACACCCUGGGCCGCGGCGUGGUGCACGCGUGCCACGCGGGCGGCGUCGUGCACUUCCUGGAGGGCUACGAGGGCCACGAGGUCGGCGCCAUCGACGUCGACCGCAUCGACGUCGUGUGGGAGGCCGCGAUGCGCCACGGCCUGCGCCCCGCCUGAUCGAUCGACCGCGGUAGCGUCGCCAGGAGCUCGGGGGCCGGCCGGUCACGGCGUCACGCCGCCGCUGCUUCGGCGAGAGGCGAUCGCUUUCGCAUGCCACGGCAGAAAAUGUCACGUAUGAUUUCAACCAUUCAAUGAUGAACCGUACGUUCAAUAAAAGGACACCAGUGUAAUGAGUGUAACUAAUGUAUACGUAUCUUGCAGUUCUAACUUCUAAGAGGUUUGAACUUGUUGGAUGCUUCGUACCUUGAGCUUUUUUUUUUAGAGUUUUAGGAGGUCGAGG